AUGGUGGAGUGUGGAGUGACCGGUAAUCAGACCGGUAGCAAGCUGUGGCCGUUCCAUGUUGGCCUGUACCGCACCGUGGACGGUGAGACGCUUUACUUCUGCGGAGCGACGAUUGUGAGCCGUUGGUUUGUAGUCGGAUCGGCCCACUGCGUCCUCAACUACCCGCCUCAGAUGCUCUCGGUCCGCUACGGAACCUACGAUCUGACGCAGCCGGAGCAGGGAGGUCGAAUUGGUGUGUCGCGCGUGCUACUUCAUCCCGAGUACCGGGCACAGGAUUUCAGUCACGACAUAGCUCUGCUGGAACUGAUGACCAUGCUCCCGUACGGUGAAACGGUGCAACCAGCUUGUCUAUGGCGUGCGAUACCUGGCACGGGCGCAGAUCAGGAUCACUUGGAAGGCACGCUAGGCACUACCGUGGGCUGGGGCAUCGGACCACACAAUCUGUACACCUACGUGCUGCAGAUCCUGGAGGUCAGUGCGAGCACCAAGCGGAAGUGCAUCGAAUCGUUUGAUGAGCGGCUGUUCACAGGCGACCAGUUCUUCUGUGCCGUAACUCCCGUCUGCAAGGGUAGCGGUGGUAGUGGCUUCUACGUCAAGCAAGGGGAUCGAUACUUUCUGCGAGGCAUCACCACGUUCGGGCUGGCGGCUAAGGGCAAGUACCUGUGUGGCGUCAACACGCUGACCAGCCUGCUCAAUGUUGCCCACUACACGGACUGGAUUCAGCAGCAGUUGCAACUGCAACAGGAGGGUGCAACCGACUCUUCUGGUGGUUUUCUGGUUUGGAGAACCACUUCUUUCUAUCACCUAAAACCCAUCCCGCUCAGGGAAGGGGUGGAUCCAAGAAUAAAGUUUUCUCACCUUACACCAAACCACAGAUUACAGCCACCCCGAAACGGCCACCGUUCGCCUGGGGAUCGGGAUCGCUAGAAAUGGCCCCGGCC